AUGGCUGAUGGGUUGGUGUCAUUCUUUGUUAUUUGGAACCCAACCACCAGAGAAUAUAAGGUAUUACCCAAUUCACCAACUAGAGUUACAAACCACUACUCUUCUAUAUAUUCAUUUGGUUAUGAUUAUAAGAAUGAUGACUACAAGCUUGUUAAAGGUGAUUUCAUACAAGAUGGUUCUGUCAAGUUGCCACCAAGGGAGGAGGAUGUAUAUGUAUCUGAGGUAUAUUCGUUACGUGUAUCUGGGGUGCUUGUUAACGGACUUCGCCACUGGUUAGCUAAAAGAAAAAACGGAAUUAAGGGGCUAAGGGAGCAGUUUAUAAUCUCUUUUGAUUUUAGCGAGGAGAGAUUUAAACAAAUGCAAUUGCCAAAAGGAUUUCAGGACGACCGUCCUCUCCACACUGUGGGAGUGUGGGAAGAGUGCCUAUGUGUAGUUCAUGGUGUUUGGGAUCCUUGUAAUCAACUUGAGAUAUGGGUGAUGCAAGAUUAUGGUGUUCGGGAAUCCUGGAAUAAACGUUUUGUCAUUCACCUGACGGAACAUCGACAGAUUUUCGAUCUAUAUCCACUAAGAGUGAUUUGGUCUUUCAAAGAUGAUAAGAUUCCUCUAUUAAAGACUAUGGAUGAAAGACAGUUUGUUCUAUAUGACCCAAAGAAAGAUACUAUUACAAGUAGUUCAGUAGCCAUACGUGCAGCUGAGAAUUACGUCGAAAGCUUGGUUUCACUUAACUCCGGUAUUGCGGAACAUGCUGUAGAAACAUUGAACUUGGUGUAUGUUAGUAUGGCAAAACUCAAGUUGGGUGGCACACUAGAUAGUACAACAUGUGGCAUAAUUGGCGAAGCUAAACCAGAACCUGCUCGAUGGUUAUUUAUACCUUUCACUGCUUUUUAUAAAACUACAAGUUCAGUAAACCCGCGCAAAUUGCGCGGGCUAGUCGUCUUUUGCUACGUAAGUUAA